AUGAUCAAAUCAUCUUCCUUCCUUUUAUUAUUCACCAUUAUUAUAGGCAUCAUUAUUUGUGACUUGUCCUCCCAUCACGUGAAUGCCAAAUGUCCCAACCUUCCAUCCUGUAAAACUCCAAAACCCAAUUUCAAACCUUCUUACAACGGCUGUGGACCUCGUCAAUCCGAACUCAUGAGACGUUUGGGAAGUAUUCUCUUCGACUCAUUCACUCCAUGUUGCAAUGAACAUGACAUGUGUUAUGAAACUUGUGGUCAAGUGCGAGAAGAUUGUGAUCGCAAAUUGUACGAGUGUAUGAAAUCCACCUGUAAGAAAUUGUAUUCGAGUUCAUUUGCCAAGAGAUCUUGGUGUCUUGUGAAAGCAGAAGGAAUUAAGAUGGGAUUGGAACCUGAUUCGGAUGUCGCUUGUACGGCCUUUGCUGUAGCUCAACAAAGAGGUUGUGAUUGUCCUGACGAUGGAGAUGAGGAAUAA